ACUCCAUACUCAAUCCUCCUUCAUUCUCUCCAAUCCUCACAUAACAACACCCACUGAACUCCCUCCCUCCAAAAGAUAAGUCAAGAGAUAAAAAAAAAUGAAAAUCCUCCUCUCCGGCGCCGGCAUAACCACCAACGCCCUGGCCUCUCUCCUCACGCAUCAAGGCCACAAACUCACUAUCCUCGAACGCGCCCCCUGUCUCCGCGCCACAGGCCUACAAAUCGACCUGCGCGGCCCCGGCAUCGAAGUCCUGCACCGAAUGGGGCUGGCAGAGACGCUGCGGAAAAAGACCAUUCGCGAAGAAGGUAUCCAAGUCGUUGAUCAGUCGGGAAGACGGAGGGGGUGGUUUCCUGUUUCGAGAGCGGAUGAUACCAAAAAGGAUAAGGGGAAGGGAAAGACGAGUCUGACUACCGAGUGGGAGAUCAUGAGGGGGGAUUUAUGUCGGGUUUUGUAUGAUUCUGCUCUUUCUACUGCCUCUGGUAUGGGGAGAGGGGAGAUGGAAAGGGAAGGGAAGGGACAAGUCGAGUACCGCUUCUCCACCAGCAUCCAAGCGCUGAAGGAAGACGCAAACGGCGUGGACGUGCAGUUCUCAACCGGACAGCAGGAACGCUUCGAUCUGGUGAUCGGAGGCGAUGGCCAGAACUCCAAGGUCAGGGAGCUUUUACUCGCUCAGACCCGGAGCCAGGACUUGGACCAGGGCGAGGGAGGAGAUCCAUUCAAGCCCCUUGGCGUGUAUGCUGGGCUGUUCACCACCUCCUGGCCUCUUCCUACCCCUGACACCACUCCAUCAUCACCACCCUCCCAACUAUCCAACCAAAUGAACACCCAAGACAACAAACUCAUCGGAACAGUCUACCUCUCCACCUCUCGCCGCGCCAUCUUCCUGCGUCGCCACCGCCCCGACAGAGUGCAGGUGUAUCUCUUCGCGCGCAGCGACAGCCCUGCCUUCGCGGAUCUGCGACGCGGACACAUGCACCCCGCGCAGGAGAAGGCGCUCAUGAUGGAUCAUUUCCAGGACGCGGGGUGGGAGGCGCCUCGGUUGAUGAGGGCGCUGGAGGAGGCGGAGGACUUUUACUGCGAGAGGAUCGGGUGGGUGAGGUUAGGGGGGUGGUCGAGAGGGAGGAUCGUUCUCGUCGGCGACGCGGCGUACGCGCCCUCCGUGACGACAGGCAUGGGGACCACGGCGGGGGUGGUCGGCGCUUAUGUGCUGGCUGGGGAGAUCGGGAGGUAUUGUUCUCCCAAGUCCUCCUCUAGGGCUGAGUCGGAGGCGGAGACUAGGUCUGGAUCUGGAUCUGAGGCAAUUCAGACUGCCGUCCGAGAGUACGAGCGCAAGCUGCGGCCGUUCAUCGACUACAUCCAGAAAGAUCUGUCCGAGGGGUCGAGUGCGUGGGAUCGGCUGCCGCGGACGAGGUUCGGGGUCGGCGUGUGGAAUGUCAUGGUGGGUGUGAGUUCGUGGUUGAGGCUGGAUGAGUUUGGGAGUUGGGUGAAAGAGGAUAAGGGCGAGGAGUCGUGGAAGUUGCCGGAUUAUGAGGUUGAUAAUAGUGAUUGACUCAGGGUUGG